CAAACAACUCAGUUGUGGCCUAAGCUAUUUUAGUGUCUGGUGUAAGUUCAGCUUGUGCACAAAGGUUUUGGAUUGGAAAGUGCUCUGGGGUUGUGCAGUGUUUGCAGGGGGGUUGGACAGAGUCACAGAAAACCUGGUCUUGCUGACCUGAGGGGGUUUGUCCCAAGGUUGUGCCUGUGUGUUUUUAACCCACUCCUGGCCAGGCAGAGAGGACAGAGGUGCAAGAAAAUGAUAACGUUUAGUCCUGAAUCUUUGCAUCUGGAUCCAAGGGUGCAUGCUCAGCAUUAUCGGGUGUAAGUCUGCUACCUGUGCUUCUAGUUCCUGCUGGCUCUGCAGUGAACCCCAGAGGAGAGGGGCAGUGGAGCAUUUCUUCAUCCCUGUGCUCUGGAAACCAGGGUCCAGGGGCUGAGGCUGCCUGGGAGUGCUUGGGAGGUGCUGGGGCUCCUGUACGACUUUGCACAAACCAUCUUGUUCCUUCUGAAUAUUCAACCACUGCUUUUGUCUGGAAGAGCCUAUCCAUUUUUUAAAAUUUAACUUCCUAUAUCCUGUAUUUAAACCAAGUUAUGCAGAUCUGUGUGCUCUGAUCUCAAGAACUGGGGUAAAUUUAAAAACCCCUUCACCUGAGAUCCAUGCUGACAUCCACUUGGACUGGGGGAAUUUGAUUGCUGAGCACCCUGGAGUGGGACUGGCCUGGCCUGUGUGUGCCAGGAGCUCCUUGUGCUUCACCCGACCCUCCUGUGGGCUGUGCAGGGUUUAAACAUUGAUUAAACUUUGGAGGUGGCAGUGGCAGCCCCUGGGUGAACCUGGCAGGGCAAGUCCCCAUCCAUCAAAUGGCAGCUUUUUCCUGAGCAAAUACUGAGUACCACUGGCAGUGAGGUGAGGGGAAAAGCUGGCAGGAACUUGCCAGGCAGAGCUCACGUGGGUGCAGGGAUGGAAUGCAGGGAGCUUUUUUGAGAAAAAGAGCAGGGCCUGGACACCUGUGGCAAGAAAGGGCAGAAGAAGCUAUUUCACCUCUCUGUGGAGGUUCCCCUUAGUCUAAAAUCUGCUAAGUGGGAGCUGCUGCAAGGGGCACUCCUGGACAGCGCCAGGGCAAGCAUGGCUGUCAGUGAGCACUUUGUAACCUCAGAGGGACACGGGGCAGCAGGGCCUCCCUCAUCUUGUUUUCUGUGGAUUGCUCUGGUGCCUCAGCGAUAUUUUUCCCCCAUUCCAGUGCCCGUGGUAAACAGUGGGAAUGUCCUGGGCUGGGGGCGGGGCCCUCCAGCGUCCAGCAUAGCAACAGUGGCUUCAAACACUGCAGCCACCGCCGCCACCGCCAGCAGCAGGGUGUUGGACAUGGGGCCCUUCCUCUGCCCCCGCUGCCGCUUGGCGUUCAGGUCCCGACCGCUGCUGCGGGUGCACAUGGAGAAGCUGUGCCUCGGGCCCACGGCACCCAGCAGCAGCUCCGGCCUCCGUGGGGGGAACCCGCUGCCUGCGGAGGGAGCGCAGGGCACGGCAAGGAAACCACAGGACUUGUCGGCCGGAGUGUCCCAAAAUACGGACAACGCUGAGCCACGCCAUCACUUUGUGCCUCGUGGGGUCGCACCAGCUCCGCGGGGACAGCAGGGACCAGGGCGGGCACGGGGAGCUCCCCUGGGGGAUGUGCUGACCCCCCGCGAGAGGGCCUUGCUCCGCACGGCCAACCCCACCGCUAGGAGGCUGCCAGGAGAGGGAGAGCCCCCCCGGCAGCCGCCCCCACGGCAGGAACAGCGGCAGCCGCCGCAGGAGCUGCUGGAAGCCCACGAACGCCAGGUGGCCGAGAUCCGGGCCAGCACCCGGCAGCUGGAGCGGCAGAGAGAGGGGCUGUGCCGGCAGCUGGCGACCCUGGGGGCCAGGGCUGAGCAGGGGGAGCCCGAGCAGGGGGAGCCCGAGCCGAGCCAAGGCCUGAGGGACCAGGCCGGACAUGUCCAAACAGCACAGCACCGGGCCACCCUAGACCUCGACACCCUCCUUCCACCCGCAGGGCCGCUCGCGGCCGAGGCCAGGGCACUGCGAGUGUCCUACUUGCACUCCGGGGGACACGACCCGGCCAUCCUGGACCAGCUCCUCCACCUCCAGCUGGAGGCCACGGUGCUGGAGAAAGGAACGGCGGGGCUGCACAGGGGUAGGCAGAUGGCAGAGCCCCCCAGCACUGGCACUCACAGUCUGGAUGCAGCACUACUGGCCAUGGAGCUGGAGAACCAGCGUCUGGAAGAUGAACUGUUGGCACUGAAGGUCAGAAGGGAGAGGAGAGCAGAUGCUGGCUCACAGGCAGCCCAGCGGCACACGCAGGAACUGGCCCGGCUCCAGGCAGAGGUGGGGAUGCUGCGAUGCCACGCAGAGCAGACAAGGCCAUGGAUGCACCCCUCUGUCUGCCCUUACCCUGUAGCCCAUCCACUGCCACCAGCCCCGGCUGUGCCAGAAUUUCUCACGGAGCCCCCCAGGCCAGCACUGGGGCCUGGCAGAGCCACAGCCCAUGUGCCCCCUGGACACCCCCUCACCCCCUUUGUGGCCCUGGAGGACCCUCCUCCUGCUCAGGAGCCCCCAGCACAGGACAGGGCUCCCCAAAGGUGAGCCAGGAACAGGCCAUGACCCCACUGGACUGCCCUGCCACCCCCUCCAGCAGCAAACUGGGGCUCCAGUACCUGUUAGGGUGAUGAAGGCAAAAGCUGUGUUCCAGCUGCAGAGAUGGGUUCAGGGACCAGUUGUGCAGCUAGUACCAGGAUCCCACAGUGCUGGGGUGGGUGGAAGUGUAUGGGAUCACUGCUGGGACCAAAGAGGCUCUGGGCAUUUCAGCAGGAAAAGGACAGGCAAACCCCCAAGCCAGCAGCAAACUGACAGCUCAGCCUCCACCUCAACACAGAGCCCACAGCCAAAGGAGUGGUUCAACCACUCACGCUCACAGUAGUGGUUUGGGGACAGGCAGAGGGCACAGAGGAAUAAAAUAAAUUCCCUGUCCUCAGGCACAUCCCCACAUGCAGCCCUCUGUAGGGAAAGCCUAACCCAGGGCAUGCACAGCUCAGUCCUAGGAACCAGCACAGAAGCCACAGCCAGCUUUACAAAGUGUCAGAGGCCCUGUGCUACAUGUUUAAUAAAAGGCUUCAGCUCUUUGCUUUUCA